AUGCCUCCUCGGCUGGGGGGCCCUUGCGACGGCUUUCUCACAGCCUCAACCCCCGCAUCCACAUCAUCUAACACCACCUGCCAAUGCCGACUACAACAUGGCGCUGCAGCUUCCCAAGCCCAGGCCGAGCCCCAAAACGACAAAGAAGAAGAAAAGCGACGAAAAGUCCACCUGUGGCUAAAAGGCCCGGGCGCAGUCUUUAAAGACCCAAAACCGGGCAGCACGAACUACAUCAACGCCUACAGCAAUCAGGGCGUGCUCAUCCGUUCCAAGGAGGGCGGCAAAGACACUGAUGCGGAAACGCUGGAAGACCUCAGACCAUUCCCGCUUAAUCCGACGUUUGUGAGCGAGUCGGUGCUCAGUGAGGAUUUAAGGAAUGAGAUCCAUAGGCAGGUUGUCGAGUAUGGCAAGUCGCCCAGGGAAGUUAGUGUUAUGCAUGGGGUGGAUUUGAAAAGAGUGGCGGCUGUGGUGAGGUUGGUGGAGCUGGAGAAGAAAUGGGUUGCAGAGAACAAACCUCGAGCGAUCCCAUACGCUCGCGCCGUACACCAAAUGAUCCCCACUACACCAUUAAAAAAAUAUCCCGAGCGGCCUAUUCCCCACGAAUCCAUAAACGAUCUCCCCGUCCACCGACUCACAGAGGCUCAAAUUUUCUACCCUGUCUCUGAAUCCCGGCAAUUCACCCGUGUCGAUGCGGGACGCGUCUUCUCUGCUGCACCCGCCCUCCCCCACGCCGCCGCCAACACACCACAUAAUACCCCCGAAGCCAUCGAAAAAACAACGUGCAACCCACACAUGAUUGAAAAAGUCGGCAAACCAAACGACGAGGAAGAAGUGCUUCAACCCGCAGACUACCGCAUCCCACACCCACACCUUGUCGCCUUCGCGCACGACCGGUUCCAGAAACCCGGCGAGUUCCGCGAACACAAGAAACGCUUCGCAGAACGGAUUGAGCGGGAAACGGUAGCGCUGAGGAAGCGGCAGGAGGCUGCGAGGGCAAGGGAAGAGGCGAGGAUAACCCGAGUCCAACCGGAGGGAAGUCGCUUCGAGUUCCGCUUCAGAGAUGCCGUGGUAUCCCGCGAGACGACGGGGAAGGAUGGCCGUGGAACAACUGCUCCUGGUCGCCGGUAUGGUGUGCCUAAUUACGAGAGGAAGAGAGGCACGAUCAAGAUACCCACUAAAGUGGAGGUGUAA